AUGGGGUUGGAUCGUGACAUUUCUCCUCCUAAUGCUCUUACCCCGACAUCUAGAGUGAGGGAUUUAGCAAGGGUGAACCCUCUCGAAUUCUGUGAUUCAAAGGUAGAUGAAGAUCCUAAAGAGUUCAUUGAUGAAGUGUAUAAGGUGGUGGACAUUAUAGGGGUGACUUUGGAAGAGAAAGCAGAGUUGGCGGCUUAUAAACUCAAGGGUAUCACCCAAGUUUGGUACACUCAAUGGAAGUCCGAGAGAGUUGAAGGUCUUAUUGGUUGGGUGUCAUACUCUAAGGGCCAAGGUGGAGGUGUGAAUGCUAGUGGUACUACUCUCCCUAAGUUCACCAAGUAUGGAAGGAACCAUGGGGGUAAGUGUUUGAUUGGAAUGGGUGCUUGUUUUGGAUGUGGUAAAAUGGGGCACAAGAUCCCUAAAUGCCCUAAUAAAGGGAGAGAAGGACGUCCUCAAGGGCAAGCUACUCAAGGGGGACAAGCUCAACAAGGUGAUGGUCAACGCCAAAAUAGGUUCUAUGCCCUACAUGCUACGCAAGAUGUAGAUGAGACUCUUGAUGUUGUUAUGGGUCUUUACUUUUGA